AUGGCGAGGGUUAGAAGCUCCAAUCCCCUCCCCCCCUCCGUGCAGUUACAGCCUCCGCCUCCUCGCCUCCUUCAUGACCCGGCUGCGAAGAUCGGGCCCACUGCCGAUGGCCAGACACAGGCCGUCAUUGGAGUUUCCCCCAGCUUAGUGCUCAAAGGAAGUAUAUCGCAGCAGCAGCAACAAAGUCUGGAGAUGGUCCAGAUUAUGCUGCAUGUAUCGUUUGGUACCUUGUUCUACCUUCGGGAAUUUCUACCAUUGCCCUGCUUCGAUGACAGGGAUCUCAAGGAGGCUCAACGCGAUAAGAAAUUCUCCUACCGCGAGUUCCUCGACCGGAAGACGCCAUGCCCGACUCUGGAGUCGAACGCCCAGGUCCCUUUCGGAAAAGGCAAGCGAGGUCAGCCGCUCAAGGUGAUCAUUCGAGGCUCGGAUCCCAAAGCGGAUAUGAUCCUCGACAUCUUGGAAAAUGGCAUCUUCGACGCACUGAGCAAGAACGUGCUGGAAGCGAUCCAACUGACCGUCCUUGUUGAUAAGAAUGCACCGGAGAAUGUACUCGAGUCGUACACUUUCUCGUUCAAGUACUCUGGAGAGUCCGGAGAUAUCAACAAACGCCUCGAAAGUUUGUCGAUAGAGCCAGUGGGCCUUGUUGCCGACAUAAAGUCUGCGCAAUCGGCCAGGGUAGGCCUGGAGACGAUCGUGAGGCGGUUGAUCACCCUCAGUGCAUUUUUACCAGCACUUCCGAACAAACGUAAUCUAGGUGUUCAUUUGUUCUACACUGAUAAUUGCCCUCCUGAAUAUGAGCCUCCGGGCUUCAGCGGAGCUAAAGAUGACACGAUCAGGUUUCCCCACACAGAUAAUUGGAAAAGAGAAUCGCAAUCAUGCGGUCUGAUGGACAGUGGCUGGCAUACAGUGGGGCUAAGAGUCUCCUCAAUGAAAUGGACUGGGCCUGAUCCGGAAGGGUCAGAAGCUUUACCCCAGAUUCCAUCUGAUCUCGAACACACUGAUGUAGUCAGAAGGAUGGACGACGUCGGAUUCGAAGAAAAAGAGAGCGAAGCUGCUAUAAAUGUUAUUGAACAAAACAACAGCACAAAGGAAGCCGAUCCGCCAACUCUGGACCCAGUCCCUUCACCGGGGCCAUCGCAGAAGGAUGAUUCAUACGUUGAGCCGACCCAAGAUGCUAUUGAAAGGCUGCAAUUGCAGAAGAUGCUGGAAACGCAAGCUUCAGAUUCUCUCUUCAAUGGCGAUAUGUCUCCCACGCAGCCUAUUGUACCUAGUGAACGACCCGAGUCUCCGGGAUCAAGCGUCUUAACACCUCUGCCACCCUCACCACCACCAGAAGCUCAAAAGCCGGUUCUGUCUGAGGAAAGCAUUCGUCAAAUCAAGGAAUAUCGCAAAGCUCAUGGCUUGGAUGUUUCAACAGAGGAGGAAGGCCUAGGCAAGGUGAAAUGUCAAUGCGGCUGGGAAGGUGAGGAAAAAGCGAAGGCCAUGUGCUCUUUCUGCCACUCGCACCAACAUCUGGCCUGCUACGGAUACACUGAUAGCGACGACCCCAGGUUACCUGAAGUCCACGCUUGUUAUCGGUGCCUUCUUAGGCUUAAAGAGGGCCCAGUACUCCAAGAAAUGACUAGCCUCGUUCUUCUUAGGAGGGCCAUUCAGAUUAUACAGACGGAAGGCUAUCCGAGCCAUACCUCAACUUUUACGGAGAAGCUUCAUUGCAACGGACAGACGGUCAUUCAGAUGACCGACGUGCUCAGAAAGCGUGAGCUGUUGGAAGCGACACCGGGAUAUAAAAGUAAAGGUUUUAUACGCAGGGGCUUGCCAAAGUUUUUCAUUCCCGACUCCGAGGAAGUGCGUCGGACAAUCCAAGAAGAGAUUCUGGAUCCGAUGCUCAAGAUUCGACACCAUUAUAAAUUACCAAUUGGUUCGCAACCAUCUACCGAGUCGACUAAGUCGUUGAUUGAUAAAGAGCGGGAAGCGAGCAAUGAAGUCACGAGCCGAGAAACGGACAGUAGCCCUACGACCAAGCCAAGAGAAAAGCGCGAUACACAGCCGACGGAAGAAAUACUGACGGUGACUGGAAGUGAGACUCGGAGUCGCAAGAGGAAACAGUCGUUGCCCGAGCCAAAGGAAGACUCUGAGCAACGCGAAAAGUCGACACCAGACCGUCUGAGUGGCAGAGUCACUAGACUGAGCAGUCGAAGGGAAAGCUCUCAGGGGACCACCCAAGCUCCGGGCCCCAAAACACCUACCACCACCCGCGAAAGAAGGCGGAGUAGUCUUCGAAGGAGCAGCAGAAAGCGCCGUAAGAUCAGCAAUUACUCCAAGCUCAUUGAUGUUGGGGCCGACGAGUUCGAUGCAUAA